CAGACAAAAGAAAAUCUUUGUUACAGAGAUAAGAGAGCAUAACAUGCUUAAGAGACUCUCUGAGUUACUAGACAGCAGAAUGACUGCCUUGAGUCAUGAAGCUUGACUUGUCUCUUUUCCAGGGGUACGCCUAGGAAGCAGGGAUUGCUACUCGUAGUAGUACUCCGUAUAGCACUAUGGAAAAAAUAUAACGAAUAGUUAUGCCUCAGGGAAGAUAAAAAAGUCCGGCUUUAAGUGAAGAAAUGUGGUGCCCGACAAAUUGCCCUGCGCCGUCCUCGAACCGCAACAACUCAACAACUCAACAACCGGCACACAGCACCUCCUCACUCCCCCCAUGGACAUCUACGUCUCCCAACUAAGCAUCCACCUCGACCCGGCACACUGGGGUCCCAACGCAGCCGAAUUCAACCCCUCCCGCUGGAUCGACACGUCCUCCUCGUCAGAUCAAAUCAUCACCCCAGCAAAGGGCACCUACGUGUCCUGGUCCGGCGGCCCACAGAUCUGUCCCGGGGUGAAAAUGUCGCAGGUCGAAUUCGUCGCGACGAUGGCGACGUUGUUCCGGUCCGCGCGGUGCGAGCCGCUGCCAACAGUGGGGAUUGAGGAUGCUGAGAUGCUGAGGGAGAGGCUGAGGCAGUUGGCGUGGGAUUCGGUUAGCAAAUUGACGUUGCAGAUGCGCGAUCCGGGGCGUGUGCAGUUGCGGUGGGUGCCGAUGGAGGACUGAUCAGAUAGUAUUACUACCAGAUGAACGUAGUAUAAAUUCAAGAUUCUAUCAAGCUGGAGUGAGUUCUUGCAGAAUAGGUGGACUCAAUGAGCAGAAAUUUAGAUAUUAACCUUGUAAACGAAACGAAAUACUUUGCUAAACCUGAUAAAAACUUCGUAGGAAGGCAGUGAGUAAGUUUGGGUAUAUUCGGGGGUACCGUGAAGAGUAGCAUAUCGAAAGGACACAUCAUAUCAACAGCGCUUGAAAUCCACGUGUAAGACGCUGUAGGUUCCGUUCACUUAGGUUGCCGCGUCGGAACUUGGUGAAAACAUCAUAGAUGAAGAAGUCAUCGUCACCCUCAUCAACAUGUGUAUGGUCGCCAUCGC